CGCCAUCUGCGGACGGAGGAAGAAAAAGUUCGUUUUCUUCAUAAGUUCAGUUGAGAAUAAAUAGCUUUUACGACAUGAUUACUUAUACUGUUAACUCUGGUGGGUUUGGAACACCAUGAGUAUAUUUGGUGGCACAUCACAAUUCGGUCAGUCCAAUAUGUUCGGUUCAUCCACAAACAAUACAGCAUACAAUCCAAUGAAGGACAUCGAGGUUGCCUCUCCUCCUGAUGACAGUGUAAGUUGCCUCAAGUUCAGCCCCGGCACCCUACCCUCCACAUUCCUUGUAGCAGGCAGCUGGGACAACAACGUGCGUUGUUGGGAGGUUCAGCAGAGUGGGCAGACCAUCCCCAAGGCCCAGCAGACUCACACAGGACCAGUUCUGGAUGUGGACUGGAGUGAUGAUGGCACCAAGGUGUUCACAGCAUCGUGUGACAAGACUGUCAAAAUGUGGGACCUCAACAGCAAUCAAGCUUUACAAGUAGCACAGCAUGAUGCUCCAAUCAAGACAGUGCACUGGGUGAGCCCGAACUACAGCUGUGUGAUGACAGGCAGCUGGGACAAGACUCUCAAGUUCUGGGAUACUCGAUCUCCCAACCCCAUCAUGAACAUCCAGCUCCCCGAGAGAUGCUACUGUGCUGAUGUGAAAUACCCCAUGGCAGUUGUUGGCACAGCAGGUCGAGGUCUCAUCAUCUACCAACUGGAGAACCAGCCUCAAGAAUUCAAAAGGAUGGAAUCACCCCUCAAAUACCAGCAUCGCUGCGUGAGUAUCUUCCUGGACAAGAAGACGAACGCUCCUACUGGCUUCGCACUGGGCAGCAUCGAAGGCCGUGUGGCCAUACACUACGUCAACCCCACCAACCCCAAGGACAACUUCACCUUCAAGUGCCACAGGUCCAACGGAGCAUCCAACGGCGUGCAGGACAUAUAUGCGGUGAAUGACAUCUCGUUCCACCCUGUCCACGGAACUCUGUCGACUGUGGGAUCCGAUGGCCGAUUCAGCUUCUGGGACAAGGACGCUCGCACCAAACUGAAGACCUCGGACCAGUUUGACCAGCCUAUCACCACCUGUAACUUCAACGCUCAGGGCAACAUCUUCGCCUACGCCUCCAGCUACGAUUGGUCCAAGGGUCAUGAAGGGUACGACCCACAGAAGAUGAAGCCACAUAUCUUCCUCCGGUCUUGCUUUGACGAACUGAAGCCCAGCACCAAGAGGUCCUAAGCUUCUCCUGCCUUCAGCCACACACAAGAUGGACAAUGGUUGCAGUCAUGUGUCAUGAUAUUCAGCAAUCAUCUACAUGAAAAUACUUCUUGCGUACUUGUUCACUAUGGGUCAAACUAUUCGGUGAUAUAUGAAUAAGUUCAAGGUCAUAUUCAUUGUAAAUAUUCAUGUAAUUGCCAUUGCUUGUGUCAUCCUAUAUGUCUGUGUCAUAUACUAGUGCAAUGUCUGGCUGUCCCAGAGUACGGUGGUGAUCAGAGAUAUCAGUUGACAAGGGUCCAAUGACUGGUGAUCCUCACUUGAGAGGAGGCGGACAUUUCGAGUGAAUCAGCUAUUGUCUAAAUGAGUACAUAUUGUAUUUCACAUGAAGCCUUCCUAACAGUCAGAGUGACAGUGAAGUAUGUCAUUUUAAUUCCCAAUAUGUAACACUGCUUUUUCCAUGUUCUGUAAUGUCACUUUAGUACAUGUAAAAUGACGUUUUGAUGACUUACAACUUAGGAAGAGGUCAUAGUGAUUAAUGAAGGUGUAUUGCAGAAGCUGUGUGUCACCUGGCUCCGGUAUAUCUCAUACCUGUAUACCUGGUGGUCAGCUCAGAGUAUUGAUGUACAUAAGCCUGAUAAGACAAUAAACAAUCUUCAGCAGC